AUGUUCAUGUUGCCUAUGAUGGGUAGGCCUUUUGGCCCCGGUGGAUACGGCGCCGUUUUUCUGCGAAUUCGUGACAGUAAACCCAUCAGCAACAACGUCACCGGGAUUAUGAACAAGACCGUCGUAGGGAACGGUUCGAGUGCGCUCAGUUGUAUGAACAAAUCCAUGGCGUAA